CAAGCAGCCACGUACUGCUAGCCUCUACUUCUCGUCGGCCUCGUGCACCAUGAUCCACGAGUUGUGAGAAACACAUAGAUACAAGAACCGCAGCACGUCGACCAAAAUGGAGUUUGUAAUCGAGAAGGCGAACGCGAAGGUGUUUUCCAAGGCCGCGGUCUUGAUGAACAAACUCGCGGAAGAUGUUAUGUUCCAAAUUCACCCGGUCGAGAGGUCCUUGGCGAUGCUGUGUUGCAACCAGGCGAGCCAGUCGAACGUGCUGAAGAUGUACUUCAAAAGCGGUUUUUUUCAGGAGGAGGUCACCGUCACCGAUCCCACGCUUUUCGCCGAUGUGAACCAUUUUGCGGCCAAUGCAGCGAACUCAAUAGGAGGUGCAUUUGGCGGGAUAGGGCUCCUGGGGAACAACAAUAGUUCCUCCAGUUCAUCUUCCGGACACCAGCACGGAAUGAUGAACAGCAACAUCAUGAGCAAUUUACCUGGGCAGCAGCAGCAGUUUUUCAAUGCUGAUACCUCUGAUGGAAAUGCAACAAACAUGAUCCCGCUGAAUAACAAGCCCUACGAGUGCAAGAUGCGGCUCAAACCGUUGAUUCAGUUUCUCCUCGGCACAGCCUACAAAAUUCGGCAGGGAGCAGAUUUAGCGAUCAGAUUUGAAGAGUCCAGGUGCCAGUUCACCUGGAAAUGUCACGCGGCGGACGAUUUUUUGCAAAUGGAAGUGGAGGGAAAUGAUGGGGAGUUUUUGGAAGGACAACAAGGAUCUACGG